AUGCGCUUCACAGGUGUGAUCGCCGCCGUGGCAGCAGCCGCUCUCGCCAUUAUCCCCACAUUCGCGGCCAAAUGUUCCACCGCCCCCGGUGCAACAGACGCUGAACAGCUCGAGGCUAUCAAGGAUUUCGCCAAGUCGUUCCUCGUCAUCAAGAACAUACAGAAAGGAUUCGACGACUGGAUUCCCGGAACCUACAUCAACCACAACCCCAACGCGCAAUCCGGCCGCGAGAACGCCCUCAACGCUCUUAGGCCGUUCGUUAGCAACCCGAGCCUCCAAUUCACCGUCGCCCAGGUCUUCGCCGGGCAAGGCUACGGCCUGAUCCACUACCGCGCAAGGAUUCCCGGCCAGCUCGACAUGGCUAUCAUGGACCGCUUCCGCUUCGAGGGGACAUGCAUUGUGGAGCACUGGGAUGUCGGACAGACGAUUACAGGCAGGGAGCCGAACCCUAUUGCGUUCUUUUAG